AUGGUCCUGAGCCUAAACGAGGGGAUGUUGGGAUGGCUGCUGGACAGGUUUCUCGUCAGCAUGUGGAUCCUGUUGGUGGUGUGCUUGAUGCUCGGUGGGGCUGCCUCUUCUCUGCGGUGCCCUGAUGGGCUUGAAUGCAAGGAACCCCACGCCUGCUGCAGGCGUCCUGGGGGAGACGGGUAUGCCUGCUGUGACCAACCCCGGUUCCCAGGAGUAUCCUUGCACAUGUUGCCUCCAAAAACCCUGAAUGAGGGCUCUGGCGUUGCAUGUCCUGAUGGCAGCAUGUGUCCACUGGAGUACUCCUGCCUGCGCACUCCAGGCGCUUCCUAUGGCUGCUGUCCCUGGGGCAAGGCUGUUUCCUGUGCCGACAGCCGCCACUGCUGCCCCCGGGGCUUCCACUGCAGUGCCGACGGGCGAUCCUGCUUCCAGAGCCAAGGGCUCAUCCCUCCUGCCACCGUGGAUGCCGUCCAGUGCCCAGAUGGAGAAUCUCAGUGCCCCAAUGACUCCACCUGCUGUCUGAUGGCUGACGGCUCCUGGGGCUGCUGCCCAAUUCCUGAGGCCUCCUGCUGUGAGGACAAGAUCCACUGCUGCCCUCACGCGACCACCUGUGACGUGGCCCACUCACGGUGCUUCUCCGCCUCUGGGGAGCAGCCCCUCCGGACCAAGUUCCCAGCCAGGAAGCGAGCACCGGUGCUAGCUCUACCUCAGAAAAACCUCUGCCCAAACAACCAAUCAACCUGUCCAGACACGGCCACCUGCUGCCUACUUCCGACCGGCCAGUCUGGCUGCUGCCCCCUGCAAAAUGCGGUGUGCUGCAUUGACAAACUCCACUGCUGCCCUCAGGGCACCACAUGCGACUUGGCACACUUGAAAUGCACCUUGACCCCUCGGUGGUCGUGGCCAAUCACCCGCCUCCUGGUGGACCUCCAAAAAGCUCGUGAUGUCCAGUGUGACACGGAGCACAAAUGCCCCAACGGCAACACCUGCUGCCGAAAGCCCUCCGGCGACUGGGGAUGCUGCCCCCUAAAGGAGGCUGUGUGUUGCUCGGAUCACAUCCAUUGCUGCCCAAACGGUUACACCUGUGACCUGGCAGAGGGAACCUGUCAGAAGGGCAUCGACAGCAUCCCCUGGCUGGCAAAAUCUUCUGUGGGCAUCGUGAGUGUCACAGCAGCCUCUGCAGGCUCUGUGGUGCCGUGCGACCCCAUUACUUCCUGCCCAGAUGGGCAGACCUGUUGUCGCCUUCCAACAGGUGCCUGGGGCUGCUGCCCGCUGCCACAGGCAGUGUGCUGUCCAGAUCAUCUCCACUGCUGCCCCGCCGGCUUCCGUUGUGUCCCAGGUGGCACGUGUGCGAACGAUGGGGAGAGCAUCCCUUGGCUGAAGAAAAGGCCCGCGAUUGUGCGUGACGCCUCUUCAAGUGGGGAUGUCAGGUGUGAUGACCAAGUCAGCUGCUCUGAUGGGCAGACCUGCUGCCAGCUGUCCUCGGGCGUUUGGGGAUGCUGCCCUUUCCCCCAGGCGGUGUGCUGUUCGGAUCAUAUCCACUGCUGCCCUGCCGGCUUCCGAUGUGGCCCAGAGUUCGGCACCUGCAUGCACAAUGGGGAGAGCAUCCCUUGGCUGGAGAAAAGCCCCGCGAUUGUGCGCGACACCACUUCAAGCGGGGAUGUCAGGUGUGACGACCAAGUCAGCUGCUCCGAUGGGCAGACCUGCUGUUGGCUGUCCUUGGGCGUUUGGGGGUGCUGCCCUUUCCCCCAGGCGGUGUGCUGUCUGGAUCAUCUCCACUGCUGCCCCACCGGCUUCCGUUGUAUCCCAGAGUUCAGCACAUGUUCCAAGGACGGGGAGAAUAUCCCUUGGCUGGAGAAAAGGCCCGCGAUUGUGCGCGACACCUCUUUGAGCGGGGAUGUCAGGUGUGACGACACAAUGAGCUGCACUGACGGGCAGACCUGCUGCCGAACGAAGGAAGGGGGCUGGGCAUGUUGCCCUCUCCCUCAGGCUAUUUGCUGUGAGGACCACCGGCACUGCUGCCCUUCGGGCUACACUUGCAACCUGGAAGCCCAGACUUGCGAGAAGCAGCAGCCCGAGUCCCCUGCUUCCGUGGGAGUGCAGCUCUCGGUCUCACUGAAUCCUUCGCGUGCUGCCACGUCCAGCCACGAUGUGUCCUGCGAUGCUCAGCACUACUGCCACGAUGGCCAAACUUGCUGCCUGAGCAGCACAGGAGGAUGGGCAUGCUGCCCUUACAACAAGGGAUCCUGCUGCUCUGACCGUCGCCACUGCUGCCCCUCUGGCUUCCGCUGCUCCCGCACGGGGUUGCAGUGCGUGCAGAAAGGGCCCCGUCGUUGGGACGCCGGUGUGUUCUCCUCACGCUCCGCACAAGCACUCCCAUUGCUUUGA